AAUUUUACUGGGUUUGUUUCUAUCUGUCUUUGAGAGUCUCCUCAUAUAUUUCUCUCUCCUGCUGAGCAUAUUUGAUCCUAAUUAUGAGGAGAAAAGAAUGUGCCGUAGAAUGUUCUCCUCUUGUUAAAAAACGAAGAAACACAGUAAAGUUCUAAAUGAUGAUCGCAGCCUGGUAUGUUGGGGAGAGGAGACGGUAAGAAAUGGGGUUUCCUGUUUGGGUUUGAAAAGGUGCUUUAUCCUGUCCGAAAGAAGAAUUAAGUAGCAGGGCUGGAGGGAAGUGGUAGCAGGAGGAAAGGGGAGGUGAGGGGAAAACUUUAGGAAGAGGUCAUUGAGCUGAGGUUGGGAGAGAACUAGAUCGUUUAAUUUGCCUUCAACAGACAUCAGUCUCCAACCAAAAGUGCUGGGUCUGAAGUUGUCUUUUCCCAGGGUCACUGGGGCUCGCAGAUAAUCAGAAGCCAGCUAUAUUGACAAGGCCCGCAGACGGAAAUUAGAGGUAGAGAGGUUUAAGACUUCCAGAAGCAUCGAACUUGCGUGCCAGGGGAACCUGAGCACUCUCUAGAGUCUCUUUCUUUCUUUGGAACCAUCAUUUUUGCCCUUGCCAUUUUGAGAGGUUUGCGAGGCCCCAAAGUGAGUAGUUUGUGUAAGGCUGUGCCAGAGUGAAAUUUGAAUAAGAAUGUGUAGUUGCUAUACAGAUGUAAAAUAGCAUACAAAUGUUAAUUUGUCCUGUACUCCCUCCUUGGGGAUGCUGGAAAAGAUUGAGAUUUAGGAGCUAAUCCAGGCUUUCUUGUCUAUGUGAAGUGCCUUCCUGCAUGUCCUAAACUACGCGGCCUCUGAGCCUCAACUUCUGUGUCCAAAAAACAAAGUCAUAAAUUGUCACCAGCUUGUUGUGAGGAGUAAAUGAAGAUAAGAGACAUGUCAACAACCCUACGUAAGGUAGAGGCUCAACAAAUGUUAGUUUCUCUCUCAAAUCACUAUAUUCCUACUGUUGUUUCUUUUGGUUCAAUUAACCAAUAUUUAUUGAGUGCCUAUGAUGAAAGGGAAAGAAAUUCUACCCUUAUAGAGCUUAUAAUCAGAUGGAGUAACAAGCAUUGACCAGAUCACACAAGCAAGCGUAAAACUGCAACUGGUAAGUGGGAGGAAUGAGGCAAUAUGUAGGAGAUUUGACUUGGUCUGAAAGGUUAGAAAGGGUUUCCAGAGGAAUACUUGAAGUGAGAUUCUGAAAGAGAGAAAGAUUUAAGAAUGUGAUUAGAAGACGGGUGGAGGGGCUCCUGGGUACCUCAGUCAUUGAGCCUCAGACUUCGGUGAAGGUGAUGAUCUUGUGGUUCAAGAGUUCAAGCCCCUGUCGGUCUCUGUGCUGGCAGCUCAGAGCCUGGAGUCUGCUUUGUAUUCUGUGUCUCCCUGUCUCUCUGCACCUCCCCUGCUCACACUUUGUCUCUCUCUCUUUCUCUUUCUCUCUCUCUCUCAAAAAUAAAUAAAACUUAAAAAAAAAAAAAAAAGACUGAGGUGGAGUGAGUGAUAACCCAUCAGGCCAACAGAAACAGACUGGAAAGGAAUUCUCUGGCCCUUGGGGCAAUGGAGAGGCUGAUAAGCUGAAUUAAAGACAUUUGUAUAUCUUCAGGCUAAACACCGAAACCACUGAAUGAGUAUAUAGAAUCCUUCUGGCAAUAGUAGGGGAAACUUUCUUCGGAACAGGCUGAGAAUAGAGGAAUGGGGGAAGAAUAUCUUCAGGUGAGCGAUAAUGGAUAGGGUGGGUAAUACCAGGGCUGCCCCCACCCCCAGUAAAGAGCCUAGCUUCUUCUACUUUUGUUUGUAUCCGUAUUUUCUGUCUUUUCUUAUAUUUUCAAAUUAGCCCCCCCGUUUCCCCAUCAUUGCUUCCCCAUCUUAUAAGUAAACCUGGAUAUUAAGAAGAUUUGCCACAGGAGAAUCCAUACUGCCAGUGGUGUGCAAUGAAUGCCUUGGUGCCAUGGAUGUGAGCAAUCUCAAGGCAGGUAGUGUAUGUGGUGGGUCGGGCACCCGAGGGAAAACUGACUGGCUCCUCUCUCAGCAGAAUUCCACAAAGAAGUCAGGGGAAGACUAUUUCGCUUGCAAAUCCCAACCUGUAUCAAGAGAAGCCACAGAGAAACAGCAAGCUUCUGGUGAACCAAAGUUACCAAGACCCUCAGUGAACGGGACCAAACAAAAAAGAUCUAUGAAAGAAGACAAAGAAAAGACAGCACAAGACAAUGCAAGAGUAAGAAUUCGGAAGAAAAUCCCUAUUCCUCCAUUACCUUCCAUGCUGCCACCAGUCAACUUGCUUCAUAGAGACGUGGUGCGGGCCUGGUGCCAACAACUGAAGCUGAGCACCAAAGGCCAGAAAUUAGAUGCAUAUAGGCGGCUGUGUGAAUUUGCUUACCCGAAUCAAAUGAAGAACAUUCCCCUCACUGCAAAGGAGGCCAAGAUUCUCACACCAUCACAAAAAAGGUCAAAGAUGGACAAGGGAGAAAUGUUUCUGGAAAAUUCUAAGAAAAAGAGCUCUUCUCAUGGAACCCACCCUCCUGAAGUGGCUGCUCCCCCUGAGGGUGGGAUGCAGGCCCUCGUUGGGUCUGAUCCUCUUCCGGAAGGAGUCGAAACGGUGGUUGUGACAACUUCAGCCCCGGAUGCUGUGUUUGCCUCCUGGUCCAGAAUUGCAUCCACGGCUGGGAAGAUGGAGACAGUGGAAUCAACACAAGAUGCCUAUGGUGUCCGGUGGUGUGUGGUCCAUGGGAAAAGUCUGCCUGCAGACACAGAGGGUUGGGUUCGCCUACAGUUUCAUGCAGGGCAAGCCUGGGUGCCUGAAAAACAGGGGAGAGUGUGUGCCCUCUUUCUGCUACCUGCCUGUAAUUUUCCACCCCCACACCUGGAAGACAAUAUGCUGUGCCCCAAAUGUGUUCGGAGGAAUAAGGUGUUAAUGAAAAGCCUCCAAUGAGAUCACGAUACCAGAAAAAGGGGUACGACUGUGAUUAUAAUUGAUGGUAGGAAGGAAACUACCAUCAACUCAGUGGUGCCACUGACAGCUGGACUGGAAACCACUC